CCUUUGGCGCAGGCGCAGUCCUUUUUAAUGAUGCACUGUGGGAUUGCAGGACAUAGACAUAGCAACCAGGCGACAGAGUCACUAAGUUUUUCACUCUUAGUUAGUUUCGUGUAUUUGUUCUUGAUUAAAAGUACUUAUCUUGGCUUUUUAUUUACUACCAUGAAUGCGGCAGUGGUGAAAAAGACCCAGGACACGCUGGGCAAAGUGAUAAAGAAGCCGCCGCUCACCGAGAAACUGCUAAGCAAGCCUCCUUUUCGAUACCUGCACGAUAUCUUCAGUGAGGUCAUCAGGACUACUGGUUUUAUGAAAGGCCUGUAUGAAGAAACCGAAAUGAAGUCAGACAGUGUAAAGGAUAAGGACUCAAAAAUAGCCUUCCUUCAGAAAGCAAUUGAUGUUGUGAUGCUGGUCUGCGGCGAGCCCCUGGCAGCAAAGCCAGCCCGCAUUGUAGCCGGCCACGAGCCUGAGAAAACCAACGAGCUGCUGCAGGCCAUCGCCAAGUGCUGCCUCAACAAGAUGUCCAGUGACGACGCAGUGAAGCGAGUGCUUAAAGGAGAAAAAGUGGACAUUAAAACCAAAGCCAGUACCUCUAGGUCCCAGGACAAGGAGAAUAGGGAGGGACGGGAACAUCAUGUGGAUAGAGAGGAGAAGAAAAAGAUCACAGAGCGCAGCAGCAGCCGGGACCAGAAGGACCCAGACCAGCCCAAAGAACAGGAGAGCCGACGUAGAGAUGGAGAGAAAGAGCACCGUCGUGACAGAGAGCGCUCAGAAAAACACCACCGCACUGAACAGGACCGCCAUGCGAAAGACCGUGACAAGGACAAGAGUCGAGACCGGGAACGAGACAAAGACAAAGGACGAGUCAGGGACAGAGACCGAGAGAGAGAUCGAGACAGGGAAAAGGACAAAGAGAGAGACAGAGAAAAGACAAGAGAGCGAGAUUCUCACAGAGACAGAGAGAGAGACAAGGAAAAACGAAGAGAUCGAGACAGAGAAAAAGAAAGAGAACGACACAAAGAUGGGGAUGAGAGGAAGAGAAGUGGAGAGAGCGGAAACAGCAAGGUCAGAUUAUCAGAGGAACAGCAAAAACCAUCCCCUGAAGAGCCCAUUAAAACAGCCAAACCUGCGGAACCAAAUCCAGCUGAAGAGCUCACAGAAGCAGCUGAGAACCAGUCUGAGAGUCCAGUGAGAAUACCUCGGCCUGCAUCUGCCAAGGGGCAGCGGCGAAGACCCAAAAUGGGAGAUCAAGAAGAAUCUGACAGUGAAGGAGCAGAUGGAGAUGUUCAUUUAUCCCAGAGACCUGUUCCUCAAGAAAAUGGAGAAGUUGGAGGAUCGUCAGCGUCAUCUGACAUGGCUUCCAGUAGACAAAUAGCACGGCCCAGCAGUGCUCGCCCAGCACCUCCUCGAGUCAAGAGACAGGAAAGCUACACUGAUGCGAGCCCGGCUGAGAGAGUGAGUCAGCCUCUUUGUUCGUCUUUAAGGCUCUCUAGUGCCAAGCCCUCGGCACCCGUCAUCAUGGAUGGAAAAAAGAUCUCGGAGGAAGAUGAGGAUGAUGAUGAACAGUUUCUUGUGGAGGAGGCAGUCCCUCCACCCUCAGGUGCUCCUGAAGUGGAGGUGGAACCUACCCAAGAACUAGACAAAGAUGAGAAACACGGUGGCCUUGUGAAAAAGAUCCUGGAGACAAAAAAAGACUACGAGUCGUCCCCGUUGUCCCUGAAAUCUAAAGAACAGAAUUUGGUGUCUGAAGCGGCGCAGAAAAAGGAGCGGGAUAUGGUGACAAAAGAGAUCGAACGGCUGCGCUCAUCCAUUCAGCUGGUGUGCCGUAGUUCCCUACCUUUGGGCAAGAUCAUGGACUACAUCCAGGAGGACAUGGAUGCCAUGCAGGCUGAACUGCUUUCCUGGCGGCGGGAAAACAAGGAGCACGCACAGGCCUUGUUGCAGGAGCAGAGAGCGACAGAUCGGGCAGUGGAGCCUCUUAAAGCUGAGCUAGCCGAGCUGGAGCAGCUGAUUAAGGACCAGCAGGACAAGAUUUGUGCUGUAAGGUCCAACAUACUGAAGAAUGAAGAGAAGAUCCAGAAAAUGGUGACUGGAAUCAAGGUCUCCUCCAGAACCUGAACAAGAAACAAGAUGCACAAAGAAAACCCCCAAAAACGCACUGAAUAUUCAGGCGGGAGUGGGUUCUCAUUCAGAAUAAUGGUAAGGCCAUUUUUCUUGGAGGUGUUGUGGAAUUACGGGACCACUUUUGGGUUUUCAGACCAGGAGAUGGUACCAAAUAUAUUCCUACUCCACUUUAAGAUAUUGGUACGAGAAAGGGCCACUUGACGGUUUAAAGGUCUGAAACUGUUCCCAAAAACCUAGAUGAUGGAUUGGAAAAAGUGGAUGAUGCUGGAGACGUAGCAGCUGAAAACACUGACAGAUGAAUGAAUAAAUAAAUGCAUCUUUAUGAUCUGCACACUAACCUAACCCAAUCUUUGGCCCUUCUUUUGAAAUGGUGCCUUUGUGCAUUGAGCCAGUGCACAGCUCACAACUUGAACAUUACAGCAGAAAGCUGCACAUUCAUCCACUGGACCAAAUUUUAAAUGUUUCCUCGUUCAUUUAAUCACCGAGUUUUUGAGGGCGUGGUGCACUCGGCAUGUUAUUCUUGUGAGCACUUGAUAUUUGACAUGCAGUUUGACCAGAGUAGUGAGCAGACCCGUAACAGUAAUUAAACAUACUCACGGCACAUCCAGCUGAUUGAAACCAGGAGGAACGUUUAGAUAGAACGUUUACAUUUUCUACAAAACAAUCAGACGCUCACAGAGAGGCCUGGAGUGUAGCUGAUAACAACGCAUGUUACAUGAAUGUAGUGUCUUGGCAUGAAUUUGUCCAGUAACAUUUUCCAACCUUUUAACAUUUCAUUGACAUUUACAGUUUUCAUAAACCAAAUCUAUCUGUGUUAAAUCGAAAAGAAGAAGAAGACAGCUCUGAAAUUUUCUCUACAGCAGUUUCACACAUUUUAUUCAACCAUCUGUGAGAACUGUCACAGUCAGCUCCGACAUGAAACAGUCUUUACUCUGCCAGCUCACUAGUGCAAAGUCUGUGUAAUGUCUGAUGUCCCCCUGUGAGAAAAGUAGAUGUGAGCGGUGAUUUCUGAGUCAGUGAGUGUCACGCAUCCUGCACGCUUUACCCAGAGCAAACUGUGAACCAAACUGUGAGCUCACAGUUGUGUGUGCUGCAUGUGAGAGAGAACACCACCGACAAUAUCUGGAGUCUUCGUUCUUUAGCUGUUAUCCGAAGGUCAUGAGUGAAAACGGCUUGCGCUACUUUAAAAACACUCUUCCACUUUUGAGGCACUGCUGCACUUUGAUUAGAGCUGUUUUAGAAAAAAGCUUUUUGCAAUAAGCAAUGUUCACACUCUGUCGUAUUUCUAACUCUUUUAUAAAUACACUAAGCUUGUAUACUUUAAAGGAAAAAAGCAGUGAGCAUGCAGGGCAGCCACCAUCUUGUACUGUCGUACUGCCAAACUGAUAGAAAGUUUUGUAAGCUUUCUCUAUACAUUGAAAAAUAUGAAUUCAUAUUUUUCUAGCUUCCUUUGCAACUCGUAAGAAAUGCUUUGCACUAACAUGAACAUUGCUGGACUUGUUGGAAGUUGGAUAGUAGAGAUGAGAGACUGAAACAAGAUCCUGCCUCAGUUUCCCUGAAAAUGUUGUUAUUGAAAAGGUGAAAAAAGAGUCAUCCAAAUGUGAAUGAAACAAAAGUACAAACUUUGCGUGGCUGCUGAGUGAAAGUGCCGUAACCACACACACACAAAGUAAUUUACAGUAAUUUUACAGUUUUUAAGACUUGUACACAGCUUGUUAUUCUGGUUGGUUCUGCUACACAUUUUCUUCCCAGAAAACACAAUUACACAGAAAAUCACUGCUGGAAAAUAACACUUCCUGUGAAAUGUAGGUGAUUUUGAUGAAUGGAAUCCAUUACACCUUUUCUCCAUCAUAACCACUAAACGCAGUUUUUUUCAAAACUAGAUGCUUUAUUUCAUAUGCGAUUGUGGCGACUUGUACACUGCACAGCGACUCCCUUUCUCACAAAUAUUUACACCACCUAAAUAUUUAUUUUCUGCUCAGACUAGGAUUUCUGCCUGCCUUACCAAACCUGUGGGUUACCAAACUUGUGGCCGACACAACAUGUGGGCUGGGAAUCAUUGGUGGAAAAAUGAGGCUUGAAACUGUGUGUAGAACAGAAAGCCAGUGGGCAGACAUUUCUAGGCUCUGAUCUUAAUUUAAACUGCAUUCUUGUUUGUAAGGGGAAAAAUAUAAUGUGACUGUCUUUAAAAAAUGUGGCACUCUACAUUUUAAGAAGGACUUAUCAGGCAAAAUACACUGUAGUCUGACUUAUCUCCAUGUUUAUGUCAGUAUUAUAAAAAUAAUAAAUUGGAAAACCUACAGGAAAUGUUAGCAUUCUGAAAAAUCUCAUUUCAAAAAUCUCGUCUGGAAAAGUGGGAACCCGCAUGCUCAUUCAUUAUAUUAAAAGGCUUUUUAUCGUGUACACUAUAAACUGUACAUUAUGUAUAUGUGGAGACUGUAUCAUAGUUCAAAUAAUUAUAUAAUUUUGUAGUGGAGUGAAAUAAAUGGUUACAUUGCAAUAAA